AAUAGUGAAAUAUGUUGAUAAACCAAGUGACCAAUAUUGUAAUUUUCCCGCAAUGUGAAAAAAAGGGUUGCGUUUGGGAAGCUAACGCCGACCUGAUGUCCUGAUCCCAUUGGACCCAUUCCUCCUUCGACCCUUCCCUGUCAACAAACCGCUCCACACUUUCCUCGUCCCUCUACCCAUCUGGCCUCAUCUCUAUCCGCUCGCCGGUGGCUCUUGCCGUCCUCCUCUUCCACGAGCGUAUUCCUCCGCCUGCUGUCCGUCGGAGUCAGUUCCUUCCCAUCGCUGUUCUUCCUAAUCUGCCCCUGCCACUUCCGCCCUAGACCGGAAUCCCUUCCCGUUCUCGCAAACAGAACCACCGCCACCGUUCUCUGCAUAAAGUAGUUCCAAUACAAUGAGGAGUACGUGCUUGCGGUUAGCCUUGCGUGCUCUGACGCGCCAGCACAGAUGCUCUCCAGCCGGAGGGAUCGGCAGUUGCCGCUCUUACACCAGAUUUCCUUCGAUGGCCUCCUCGUUAUUGGGGUUUCCAAGCAAUAAUCGCUGCUCCGUCUUGAGGUCUUCCUUGUUGGCGGACAGAUGGAGUGCUCUUGCAGGGCAGCGAAGGACAAUGUUUAUACAAACUCAGAGCACACCGAAUCCAUCAUCUCUCAUGUUCUAUCCGGGGAAACCAGUGAUGGAAGUUGGAAGUUCGGAUUUUCCGAAUGCCCGUGCAGCCAUGACGUCUCCGCUAGCUAAAUCUCUGUUUGGUGUUGAUGGUAUUGUUCGUGUCUUCUAUGGAUCUGAUUUUGUUACAGUAACAAAAUCAGAUGACAUAUCUUGGGAUCUCUUAAAGCCUGAAGUAUUUGCAGCAAUCAUGGACUUUUACUCUUCUGGACAGCCAUUGUUCUUGGACGCCCAAGCUGCAUCUGCCAAAGACACGGCUAUUCAUGAGGAUGACUCGGAAACCGUUGCAAUGAUAAAAGAGCUGCUGGAGACCCGCAUUCGACCAGCAGUGCAAGAUGACGGUGGAGAUAUAGAAUACUGUGGAUUUGAUCCAGAAACUGGAAUAGUCAAAUUAAGAAUGCAAGGAGCAUGUAGUGGCUGCCCAAGCUCGUCUGUGACGCUGAAAUCCGGUAUCGAAAACAUGCUGAUGCACUAUGUGUCAGAGGUGAAAGGCGUGGAGCAGGAAUUGGAUGGUGAAGAAGAAGAUGCAUCGCUAGCUGGUUAAUCACAUGGUAAUGAGUAUCAUAGCUUCUUACUGAAUGGGAUUAAGAUGCAGGACAAGCUGAAGAUGGAAGUCUAUGAUAUCAUCUUAACCUCUUGUAGAGGAAUAAAGGGUUCCAAACAUGGAUUGCUGGAGCGUGUUAACUAUGAACUGCAUAGCGCAUACAAUAAUAAUAGCACAGGCAUGGAGUUCACGCGACCGACACAAGCUUGGGUUUGGAAUAUUUUUGUUUCAUAAUGUGUUGUUUAGGUAAUUUAGGUUUUAAAUAUAUGAUGAUUAGUAAAGAUGAAUUAUAUAAGCCUAUGUUAACGAUACACCUUGAUCCGUUCGUUGCUUCUUUACCCAAACAUUCUAUCGAGGAUGCAACAGUACUUGUUGUGACUCACCAAUCUCUCCAACAUCUUAUCAAUGAAAGGCAAACGAUUAAUC